GGGUAAUCGCGAGCGAGAAGAAAUUAGGGUUUGCUUCGAAAGCUCGAGGACAUACUCCCGUUGCUGCUGCUGCAAGAUUUUCCACCGCACCGGAGACGAUGAUCUACGACGUCAACUCCCCUCUCUUCCGAUCGUUCCUCAGCCAGAAGGGUGGCUCCUCCGACAAGAGGAAGAUGGAAGAGCAGAGGCCCAAGGAGCAGAGGCCCAAGGCUAGCGAAAAUAAACCUAUCAUGACAGAGUAGAAUUCACUUGUUGGCAUCUCCCUUCGGAGUCGAGGCGGGCAUGAGUGACAGAAUGUUUCAUUUUGGAAGUGUAUCCGUCUACCGUGAUGUUCGAGCGGUUUACCUUUUGGAUUCAGGACUAAUUUCGAUAUCAAAUUUCUGAUGAUCCGUG